AUGUGAUGAACCUGAUGCCUUUGCACGAUGAAUUGCAUUGCACAAUAACAAUGAUGAUUACGAUGAUGAUUGUGUGAUGUUUCAAAAUCAAGAGCAGACAACGCAUUUUAGCUGCCUUUAUCUAGGUCUAAAAUAUCAUUUUAUUUAAUACAGGACUCCCAGUCAUCAGUGAAAACACCAUAAAACUCCUGAAAUGACACACGUGUGACAGUUUUCCCAGAACUCAUUCUGUCACAAAGUCUGCAAGAUCCUUCACAGUCAAAGAACGUCCGGCGUUCAGUUUUCGACUCGUUUCUCUUCACCUUGUACCCGAACCUGCACAGAAAACCAGUUUCACUUCACAUCCAAUAAAAAGGUCUCCUUUGGCUUGAGGAAGAGACACUACUAUGUGAGCAACAAACCGGUUGAAUUCUUCUUGUGCUUUUCCUGCUUCACAAAUUCCCCCAGUCGAAUCAAACAGAUUGCGUAUGAAAUGGAGAAGUGUCACAGACCCAAACCAUCAGUAGAUUAUAGGCCUGUAUAACAGCACGUUUCACUUGAGCGACCCGUAAGAGCGUGUAAAACUCAUCCGUCUGCCGUCUGCCGCCGCUGAACCUGCGCUGGCGAGCGAGGAUGCUAGUGCCGGGCCGCGGCCGGUGACGAUGUACGCGGCGUCCGGGAUGACGGAGUGCAAGGCGGAGGUCACGCCGUCGGAGCGAAACGGCCACCGUGUGUUUAGCUACACGCUGGAGAGCCACACGGCGGCCGCCUUCGCCAUCAUGAACGAGCUGCGGAUGGAGCGCCAGCUGUGCGACGUCACGCUGAGGGUCAAGUACAACGAGCUCCAGGCCGUGGACUUCGUGGCUCAUAAGGUGGUGUUGGCGUCAUCGUCGCCGGUGUUUCGUGCCAUGUUCACCAAUGGGCUGAAGGAGUGUGGGAUGGAGGUGGUGCCCAUCGAGGGGAUCCACCCAAAGGUCAUGGGCCGGCUCAUCGAGUUUGCGUACACGGCGAGCAUCUCUGUGGGGGAGAAGUGUGUGAUUCACGUGAUGAACGGGGCCGUCAUGUACCAGAUCGACAGCGUGGUGAAGGCCUGCUGUGAUUUCCUCGUGACGCAGCUCGACCCGAGCAACGCUAUCGGCAUCGCCAACUUCGCCGAGCAGAUCGGCUGCACAGAACUUCAUCAGAAGGCCAGAGAGUACAUCUACAUGAACUUCAGUCAGGUGGCGACGCAGGAGGAGUUCUUCAACCUCACUCACUGUCAGCUAGUGACGCUAAUCAGCCGCGACGAGCUGAACGUGCGCUGCGAGUCCGAGGUGUUUCACGCGUGCGUGGAGUGGGUUCAGUACGACCGCGAGAACCGGCGUCCGUACGUUCAGGCGCUUCUCCAGGCCGUCCGCUGCCACUCGCUCACGCCGAACUUCCUGCGCCGGCAGCUCGAGCACUUCGAGUGGGACGCGCAGAGCAAAGACUACCUGUCCCAGAUCUUCCAGGAUCUCACGCUGCACAAACCCACCAAACUCAUUCCCUGUCGGACUCCCAAAGUCCCGCAGCUCAUCUACACGGCGGGCGGAUACUUCCGGCAGUCGCUCAGCUACCUGGAGGCGUUUAACACCUGUACGGGCGCGUGGCUGCGGCUAGCGGACCUGCAGACGCCGCGCAGUGGGCUAGCGGCGUGUGUUAUUAGCGGUCUCCUGUACGCGGUGGGCGGGAGGAAUAACGCUCCGGAUGGAAACAUGGACUCAAACACGCUGGACUGCUACAACCCGAUGAAUAACUGCUGGCUGCCGUGCGCGCCCAUGAGCGUCCCGCGCAACCGUAUCGGUGUCGGCGUGAUCGACGGGAUGAUCUACGCGGUGGGCGGCUCGCACGGAUGCCUACAUCACAACAGCGUGGAGAGGUACGACCCCGAGCGAGACUGCUGGCAGCUGGUAGCGCCCAUGCUAACGCGGCGCAUCGGUGUGGGCGUGGCCGUGAUCAACCGUCUGCUGUACGCGGUGGGCGGCUUCGAUGGGACGCACCGGCUGAGCUCGACCGAAUGCUACAACCCCGAGAAAGACGAGUGGAGGAGCGUGGCGUCCAUGAUUACCGUCCGCAGCGGCGCGGGUGUGUGUGCGCUGGGGAACUUCAUCUACGUGAUGGGCGGAUACGACGGCACGAAUCAGCUGAACACGGUGGAGCGCUACGACGUGGAGACGGACAGCUGGAGCUUCACAUCCUCCAUGAGGCACAGACGCAGCGCGCUGGGAGUGACGGCGCACCACGGGCGCAUUUACGUGCUGGGAGGGUAUGAUGGGAACACAUUCCUGGACAGCGUGGAGAGUUUCGACCCAGAAACAGACUCGUGGACUGAGGUCACCAACAUGACGUCAGGUCGUAGCGGCGUCGGAGUCGCCGUGACCAUGGAGCCGUGCCAGAAGGGCCUGAGCCCGUGUCAGAAACACUAGCUCUCUCGCUCACUCACUCUCCCUCUCUUUCUUUUACACUCUUUCUCUCUGCCAAUGUCAUUAGCGCACAGUAAAUCUGUUGUUGUGGAUGAUCUUCAGUCUCAGUGCAGCAGGAGAUCUCUGAACGUCACACACUUCGAGACUCCUGCCUGAUUAGUUCUGCUUUUGCGAGGUUAAUCGCGCAGCAGACACUUCUAUCGCGGAUGUUUUGUAAAAGCGUUCAGUCGUGUGGACGUCUACCUCCUCCUGAGCCCAAUAAAGUGCCAUGACCCGCGUCAGUAUGUCUGGGGUUCGAGCCGUGAGAACGGAGAUGGCCAAAACACACCCUGACACUCAGUGUGACGUGACUGAUUAGGCUGUCUGGAUGAUUUUGUAUUUAGAGAUGUACACGCAUACAAAGUUUUUACUAAUAAAAUGAGAUGUGGAACGUUUCCAGAUUUAUCGAACUGUAUUCCAGCCUACAAAGGCAUUAGAUGCCAAUGUUUUUGCUCAAAUGAAAGCUGAUUUUCACAGGCUGAUGACACAAUGUAUUUGUAAAAAAAACUACUUAAGCUGCUUUUCCAGGGAUUUUGUACAUUGGUAUAUUGCAUGAAGUCUGUUUUUUUAUUUUAUUUUAUUUAUUUUGAAUUAUUGUCCCUUUGCUAUUGGAUAAUGCUGGCUCCUGAACUGGGGUUUGUUUUUACAAAUUAAGCUUUUCGUUUUAAAAGGGAUGCUUUUGUUUCUUUAAAUCACUCAAAAUAAAAUAUAAAAGAUUAUUUAAAGUGUGCUUUGUAAUUUUUACCUCAUCGAAUACCUUGUACAAACAUUGUAUAAUAAAAGCAUAUGUUUCUUGCA